AUGCUUCAGCUCCGUUUGACAGUCGUCGCUCUCCUCGGCCAGGCUCUGGCGGCCCCUGCGCCGUCGGUCCCUCAUGCCGACGCCUUGGGCACUCUCCAGGCUCUGCAUUACAACAACCUGGGACCUGCGAACAACGGAACGUCCGCAGUCUUUGUCCAUGACAUCGUGACCCACGCGGAAGCGUCUGCUCGCUGCGGUGCCCUCGGCGAGCAGCUGUACCCUCUAGCUGCUGCCUCCAAGGCCAACCGGACGGAACUGGAUUACCAAUUCGACUACCUGAUAUUCUCCGACAGUCUCCAGUCGGACAAUAUCUGGGUGUCGUCCAACACCUCCAACUGCCUGGCAUAUUCCCUGGAGCAGGCGGACUUCGUCUCCACUCCGUGCAGUCGCAAGCUGCCUGCCCUUUGCACCUCGCAUGUCCCCCCAACCACGGAUCAGAACCGGGCUGCCGUCCCAUCGUCCAGAAUCUCCGUCGCCUCGCACGACUACACCAUCACCGGCUACCGCGAUGCCCGCUCGUUCCGCUUCCUGGGCAUCCCCUUCGCCAAUCCCCCGGUUAAUGCCCUGCGUCUGGCCCCGCCGCAGCCCUAUACCGGCGCCAAACAGAUCGAAGCCACACAGGUGUCCGCCUCGUGCAUCCAGUCGUCCUCGUCGUUCGGCGCUCUGGACACGCCCAUCUCUGAGGACUGUCUCUACCUGAACGUCUACACCCCAGUGCUCCCCGGCCCCUCCAAUGCCACCAAACCCGUCGCCGUCUACUUCUACGGCGGCGCCUUCACGGCCGGCAGCGCGUCCAUCGUCGACUACGACGGCGGCAACUUCGCCAGCCGCAACGACGUCCUCGUCGUCACCGUCAACUACCGCGUCGGCGUCCUCGGCUGGCUCGCCACCUCCUCGCUGACCGGCAACUACGGCACGCGCGACCAGAUCCUCGCCCUGCAAUGGGUCCAGCAACACAUCCGCUCCUUCGGCGGCGAUCCCUCCCGCGUCACCAUCUUCGGCCAGUCCGCCGGCGGCCAGAGCGUUGUCGCCCUGCUGUCCUCCCCAGCAGCCAAAGGCCUGUUCUCCGCCGCCAUCGUCCAGUCCGCCCCUCUCGACCUCCCCUGGUUCACCCGCUCUGUCUACACCGAUCUCAUCGUCCCAGCCCUCGCCCCGGCCCUCGGCUGUCCUCACCACAUGUACUCCGACGCCAGCCUCGUCGCAUGCCUCCGCUCUCUCCCAUCCUCCGCCUUCCUCGAUAACUCCACCACCUUCGAAUCCGCCAUCGCCAACGCCUCUGCCGCUGUAGCGUCGAAAUACCUACACUCCUCAUCCCUCCUCGCCUCCAUCGAACCACUCCUCCCGAUCCUCGACCCGGAAUCCGGCAUCAUCGCCGACCAAUUCCACUCCCUGCUCAACUCGUCGUCCGGUGGACUGAAUAAAGUGCCAACCCUCUUCUCCACCGUCGCCGACGAAGCAGCCCUCUACGUCCCACGGUACAGUCCCCCGCUCGGCUCGUCGCAGUCGGCAUUCAACGCUCUCUUGGGGCUGGCAUACCCGGCCCCGUUGGCUGGUGCGUUGAUCAAUGCGUCUGCUUACACCACCUCCCCUUCCCCCGGAGGGCAAGGGAUGGAAGGGAAAGGGGGAAACGACUCCGUGCGCAUCCUCGCCGCAACAGCCCUGACCCAGAGCGAAUGGACCUGUCCACUCUCCUCCCUCCUCCGCACAGCCAACCACACCACCCAAACCAACCAGACAAACCACCCCCAAACCCCCUGGUACAACCUGAAGUUAGAAAAAGGCCACAUCCAAACCACCCUCUCCACGCCCCCGACCUGCUCUCCCCGAACAAGCAACGCCAAAAACGCAACCUGCCACGCCGCAGACGUGCUUCCGAUCUGGGGAACCCUCAACACCAAGACCCAGCAUGUGGAUGCGUACUAUGACGCUCGGGAUGUGUUGCUCUCGCAGUUACUGGCGGAUGUGUGGGGUGCGUUUGUGAGGAGCGGGGGGGAUCCGAAUCCUAAUUCCUCUUGGCUUUCGGUGUCUAAGGGUGGGGAGGGGAAUGGGAGGGGAGAUGGCAAUGGGAAAGGGGGGAGAGGUCCGGCGUAUCAGUAUACCCGAGAGGUGUUUGGGGAGGAUGGAGAGGGGUUUAGGAUUGCGCCGGUGGGCCAGAGUAGCGAGGUUAGUGUGUUGGGGAGGACGCAGGGCAAAGAGCAGGAUCCUGGAAAAGGCGUCGCGUGUCGCGUGUUUGAGGAGUUUGGGUUUACGUAUGAUCGCGCGGGAUUCACUUAG